AAACGUAAACAAAACAAAUUGUGAAAAUUUUAAUAUUCAUUUCCUUUCCAAUCUCGUUAAAUAUCGUAAAAAUAAGUGAAAAUGGGAGAAGGUGAAUGUGAACCCAUGGUCGAGGCACAAUCUAAGAAGUCCAGGCAUCGCAAGAAACAUCUUUAUAACACAAUCUUGCAACAAAUGGAGUUUUAUUUUAGCGAUUCGAACCUUUCCAAAGAUCGUUUUCUUUCUCAGCUUUUGGCGGAAAGCGAUGACAUUGAUUUGGAUGUCUUCCUCAAAUUCAACAAAAUUAAAAAACUAAACUGCACAACACAAGACAUCCAGAAAGCCAUAAAAAAAUCUGAACUAAUAGAGCUUUCUGAGGAUGGCCUUAAAAUACAUCGGACGAAACCCAUCAAAGUGAAAGAUAACGUGGAUUAUUGCACAAUUUACGUUGAAAACAUCAAAGGUGACGCGAACCACGAAACCCUUUCGCAAAUAUUCUCCGAUUUCGGCAAAGUAGUGUACGUUUCCAUACCAAAAUACAAGCAUAAUAAGGCGAAUAAAGGUUUCGCCUUUAUAGAAUUUGAGACGGAAGAACAGGCGGCUGAUUGUAUUAGAUUUUUUGAAGGGAUUGGCUGCAGGAUUCCUCCCGAAAAAAACCCGGAAGAACUUAGAAGUAUUGCGACGUUUGAAGGCGAACAAAAAGAGUUGAAUGUGGCACCUGUGGAAACAAAAGAUGUGAUGGAUCACGAAGAGGAGAAAGGUAAAAAAAGAAAAUUGAGCGUUGACGAGCAAGACCGCAAAAAAAAGCAAAAACUUGAAAAUGGUAAACAGGAGACUUGCGAAGUAAGUCAAGUAGAGGAGUCUGAGGAUGUAAAAAAAAAGAAAAAGAAGAAGGAAAAAAGAAAAGCUUAUAUCAAAGAGCUUGGACUACAGGUUCUUUUAAAGAAAGAUUGGAAAAAGCUCAGGAACCACUAUCUAGAUUUGCAAAAGAAGAAAAUGAAAGAGUUUAAACAGUACCUCUAUAGGCAGAAAUACGGACCCAAAUCCCAACAAAAAGUUGAUAAUGAGGAGAGUAAAGAGGCUCAGGAGCUCUCUAAUUCGGCAAAUAAACUCAGUUUCACUCCAGGAAUUAUAGUUAAAUUGAGGUUGCCAGAACCCUGCACAGAUGUAAAAAAGUUAAAGAAUGAACUGAAAUCGGCCUCUCCAGAGGUAAAAUAUGUAGACGUUCCACUGCCUAGCGGUAGCCAAGAAAUAUUUAUUAGGUUCAGCAACUGUGAUGCAGCCAAAGACUUUUGUACUAAAGACAUUGCUGGUGAAAAAUCUUUGAUUGAUGGGGAUGAAGAAAUAUUGUACUGGCAGAAAAUCGAGACGGACAGAACAGUUAAGUUUAAAAAGAUGGCUAAGAAGCAGCGUGGUCGGGAAAAGCUGCUGAAAAGGGCGGAGAGAGAGAGUGGGAAACAUAUAAGGUUUGAUGAAAAUGACUAAGAAUACAUGAUAUACUUUUUAUGUUUUAUUGGAUAUUAUAAAUUAGUAUUGGAGUGUUAUAAAUUAGUAAGUCAUGUAUGGAAGCAUAUAUAUCACAUAAAUCACAUUUCUUAAUUUUUUGACGACGCCGUUUUACAAAAUUUCUACAUUAGAGUAAAAUGGACUUUGGAGUUACAUUUAAAAUGGAGCAUGAAUUAAAUUAAAAGAACAAUAGAAUGACAUAAUAAAAUAUAUAACUAUUUCAAUUAGUUCUUAAAAGCAGACAGACUUAGCUCAAAAGUGUCAGGGAAAUCCAGUAAUAAAUCUUAAAGUUCUAAAAUCAUUGACAGUACAAGCCAUAAUUGGUUAAGUGAAAUGGGACAAUACCUUAAAGGUAUCAAAAAUAAGUCGCACUGAAGAAAACUUUUAAUUGAAGGCCUUGGCGUAAAAACGGUGUAUGCCACAUGCAGUAGGUUUUGAGAAAUCGCCGCUGCAAAAUCAUUUUUAAUCCACAAAAUCAAAAUUAAAUUCUUUUUAUUUGAAUUCGGUUGUAAAAGAUAAAACACCUUACCUAGUCUUAUACCAAUAAAAAGGUUUUAAAAAAAAUCACUAUAUUUACUUUUUUGGAAUUUAAUUUGCAAAAAAAUGUGGCUUGUAUCCUUUUACAUGAAAAAAUAAAGGUAAACUGAAAAAACAUAAGUUAAAUGAAAAAUAAAUUAAUUGUCAUCACAAUGGGUAGUCUUCAUCCAAAUGCUCUAUAUCCAUCGGUAAUGUCCCUUCUUGACUAACCAGUUUUUCUGCGCCAAUAUCCAAAAAAAAUGAUGGCUUCAGGUAUAUACGGUAGCAAAAGUGAUAAAUUAUCAAGUUUUUUGGGGUUUAUUUUUAUUGGCUCCAUAUAUUUUUGUUUUAAACAUUCUGUUAAACAUUGCCUUCUAAUACCUUUUUUUCCAAUAUUUAAAUUUUUAAAAUGUUCAUUUAAGUAAUGUUUUAUUUUUAAUAGGUUGGGAUUUACGCUGUCAAACUUAAAGAUACAAAUUUUGCUAAAGGCAACUUUUUCUUUUUCAUCAGUAAGCUUUUUUUUAGUAAUAUUUCCUUCUAAAGAUUUGAAUGAAAAGAAGUCUUCUCUCUUCAUUACAGUAACUUUAAACGGAUUGGUUCUCUUACACUUACUUACUGCCUCAUACCAAUCUGCUGGUUCAUAUACUGCCUUUAUCUUCUUUUUAUAUUUCUCUAUCAUAGCAAAGUCCCUAUCGGACGGAAGAUGAGUAUGCCCCACUACUAAGAAUCUAUGCUCUAUGGAUUCAAAUACACCUUCUGUAACCAACUGCUUCCACAAGCUCAUUAAGACCCAGUUCUUAUUUUGACCUCCGCAAUUAUCUGUAUAUACAAUAAGGUUUUUGGGGAGGUGUUCUUGUUCUUUGAAAUGUUUAAAGAGAACACUGGAAAUCUCAUCGCUACCUCUUUUACCAGUAUUCUCAGACCACAUGUACAUAUAGCCCUUAUCAUUCACACAGUCAUGGACUCCAAGAUUAUAUACCCAUGCCUUCUUUAAGUUAAAAGCAGGACCAGUUGUUAAAGAGGGUACAGGGAGUGCUUGCUGAAGGUCAAAUGAUAAUACGUAUGUAUCCUUUAAAGCAGCCAUUUUUAUUUCAUCCUUUAAAGUAUUUUGCAUUGCUUCGGCGCGCCUUAAAUGCAACUCCUUUUCUGUCUUUAACUUCUUUAGAGAUUCUUCAUCUUUUUUAGAAUUCUCAAUGUUUACAUCUAGUUCAUCGCAUAUCUUGCAGGUAUCGCUUCUUGGUAGCUUAAAUCCUAUAUUAAACUCAGAACAAAAUAUCCUUCUGUAUUUAUCCUGACUUAUAGGUAUUAUAUUAUUUUCAACACACCGAGCUUAUAAUAAUCAUAGUAUAAAGAAGAUAUAUUGAGGUCAUGAUUAAUGUAAGUUUUAUGAGGAUUUUUUUUCUACUGUAAUGGCUUGUGUAUUUUGGAGUAAUAUUAAUAUGGUCUCGAACUGACUGGCAGGCCUCCUCCGGUAUUUUAUUAUGACGCACUAGAAGCUUCCCUCGUUGAUCUGGUUUAGGUGUGGUUAGGCCUUCAAGCAUUUGUUUGUGCAGAAGCUGUAAUCGCUUCUGAGACGUCAGACCAUGAAUGGAAAUAAAUUCUCUUUUACAUAUUUUUACAUCAAAGCCAUUGACCCUCACAAAAUAGUGAAAACUAAACUUCCGAGAAGAGACAGCUCUCUUUGUUUUCUUGGAGUGUGAACGUUUUUUUGGCAACUGCUUUAUGUUAUGAAAUAAAUACGCGUUUUGCUUGUCAUAAUCGCCAAUAUUCCAAAAAUCGUCAAAAAUUUUAUUUGCUGUACCUUGAAGCAACAUCCUACAGUUUUUGUUUCAGACUCUGGCUCCAAUAUUUUUGCCUUUUUUAUUUAUAUAGGGCAAACCAAGAUUUCGACGUAUUUUUCUUAAUUCAGAUCUUUCGACGUUUUUCUAGUCUUGUUCCUUUUUUCAGGGGUAGGAAGCUCAGCACGGCGUUUUUUUCUGGAUUCCUGUAAACAAAAAAUCCGCUAUAUAUGGUUAUUUUAGUACUCUGACAAACAUAUUGGGAUGAUGAUAACAAACAAAGUAAAUGUUAUGUCAAAAAAAAUAAUAUUAUACCUGUGAAAAAUGUCAUACUCCCGUAAGGGAAUCGUAAACAUUAUUACAGAUAUUUUAAGAAAAUACACAAAAAUAAUGGCAAAAAUACAUAGCUACAAUUUUCAGAAAAAAGGUAUAUGCCACAAAAUAAGCCAAAUAAGUUUCACAAUAACAUAACUAAAAUUUUCAGUAAAAGGGUUUAAGCCACAUAACCUCAAAUACAUACCUGUUGCUCUUCACAGGAUGAUACACUGGAUUCAUUUUCACUCUCUACGCAGUCUCUCUCUUUUACACUAUCGUCAGAAUUCCAUCCACCGCUAUUUUUGUUACUAGAAUUACUUGAAAACUCUUUAAACUCUCGAGAACAUCCGGCACGUGGGCUACUCAUGAUGGCGGCUUGUAACCUUAAACCGAAAAUUUUUAUCACACAGCAGAUUAAGCACACAGCCGAGCAAUUACAAAUAAAAAAGUCGGGCAUAAGGAUUUUGUGGCUUGCAUCCUUUUCACGCCAAGGGCUUCAAUUAGACUGUUGAAUUUAUUUAUCCAAAACUCAUUAACUCGAAAAUUGUGUCACUUGGAGCAAAAAAUAUAUUUAUUUGAACGUUGAGCUUUUUUUAAAUUGCUUUCUAAAAUUUACAUAUCGUAUAUUACGUAGGCGAAGUCUUUGUUAACAACACGUUAAAAUUGAAACAGCUUUUUUGAAAAUUUCACUUGUACAAUAAACCGCAUUUUUCUUAACAGCUUUUUUAAAUUAAUUCAAAAUAAUCAUCCAUUAUUUUCACAGAGACUUAAAUAUAUGACCAAAGGGGGAGAAAGUAAAGAAAUAAAACUCAGAGUUUACUUUCUCCCCCUUUGGUUUUUUAAAUAAUAAAGAAAGGACCUAACAAAUAUGUAAUAUAAUAACACAAAGUAUAAACGGUUAUAAUGGAUUGACCUAUUAAUUUGUAACACAAGUGUUAUUGCCAUGUGAUUAUUAUUAUUUGUUUAAAGUAAAAAUAAUUGUAUUUUAUAUAUCUAACAUAAGCAACACUGUAUAAUUACUUCUUAGGAAUGUUUGAUUAAAUUGAGAUUUAUGUAUUUCGAAA